AGCACUCAAUCGUAGUUUCCUUUUUACAUUAAUAAUUGGCUUUUUCUUUGUGUUCUUCUGAGCUUUAGAUAGCUGCGGUGAAUAGUGAUGAAGAAUCAAAGCAAGCCAAUCUUCAGUUCUUGGUUUCUAAUAUUCCUUUUCUUGUUCUUGCAUCAAUCACCUGUUACACCUCAAGAAGUUGAGGAUGAGAGAGAGUUUGAUUAUCUGAAAGAGAGUGAGAGAGGACCAGAGCAUUGGGGAGAGCUGAAGAAAGAAUGGGCAGCUUGUAAGCAUGGAAAGCUGCAAUCUCCAAUAGAUUUAUGGAAUAAGAGGGUUAAAGUAAUUCCCAAGCUGGGAGACAUAAAGACCAAUUACAGACCUUCUAAUGCAACCAUCAAGAAUAGAGGUCACGAUAUAGCGAUCCAAUGGCUCGAUGAUGCUGGAUCAAUUCAGAUUAACGGCACGGAUUACUUGCUUAGGCAAUGCCAUUGGCACUCACCCUCCGAGCAUUCCAUCAAGGGCAAGAAGUUUGACUUGGAGCUUCACAUGCUUCAUGAAAGCCAAGAUGUGAACGCCAAACAUAGUAUAGCUGUAGUUGCUGUCCUCUACAAAAUCGGCCGCCCCAAUCAUUUUCUUUCCAAGUUAACUGAAGAUAUAAACUUUAUAACUGAUACGACGGAAGAGAUUCACAGGGGAGUGAUGGAUCCGAGAGACUUUAAAAUGAAAAUCAAUCCAAGAGAGUUUAAAUUGCGCGGCUUGAAGUUUUACAGAUACAUUGGGUCACUAACAGUCCCUCCUUGUACUGAAGGAGUUAUUUGGACCAUAAAUAGAAAGAUUGAUACCGUCUCAAAAGAACAAGUGAAUCUGCUUAGAAUAGCCGUUCAUGACUUUGCAGAGAUGAAUGCAAGACCUUUGCAGCCUCUCAAUCAAAGAGAAAUCCACCUUCAUGGUCCACGGUCUCCCCAAGGGAACUUGCGUAAUUAGUACAACGUGCUCACACCAAAUUUUCUCCUUCUUUUCAUUAAUAUGUUGUAGAAUUUCCACAAGUAAAAUAUGUAUGAACUUGUUUAUCGUAAUAGUUAUGGCUAAACAUUUGCUAUUACUGUUGGUUAAAUUUUAUGAUUGCUCUUCACUGGA